GCAAUUUAAUGAAUUACAAAAAAACGCACCCCCAACACUACGAGAAAUCGCGCAUGCACACCGGCGCUGAGUCGGUUCACGAUCCGUUUCCAUUGGCGACACCUGCGCCGGCGGGCGGCGGCCGCACGCGAUGGACGUGACGUUCCAGACGGCGGCGGGGCGGCGGUUCACGGUGGAGAUCUGGUUCUUCUCGACGGUGCGGCGGAUCAAGGAGUACGUGCUGCGGCAGGAGGGCAUCUCCGUGGAGUCGCAGCGCCUCUUCCUCGCCGGCGCGGAGGCGGAGCUGGACGACGACGGCGACACGGAGCGGUACUCCAUCGUCCAGGGCUCCACCGUGCUCCUCCUCCUCCCCGAGGACGGCGCCGCGCCAUCGUCCGCCGGCGGCGGAGGGGGCACGGUUGUGAGGGUGGUCGUCAGCGCGCCCGCGGCGAUCGCGGGGAGGGGCGGCGCGGUGGCUGUCGAGGUCGACCCGGCGGCGUGCACCGUGGGGCGGCUGAAGGAGCUCAUCCAGGAGCGCACCGACGGCGCGCUCCCGGCGGCGAGGGUGGCGCUGAUGUUCGGCAAGGUGGAGAUGGAGGACGGCAGGGCGGUGGCGCAGUACGCGCCGCCGGCGCCGGGGUUGGCCAACACCACGGUGGAGGUGUCCGCGGUCGUUCGCUCCCCGCCGCCGGCGUCCGCGCCGUCCCCGGGCGCCGGCAACAAGAAGCCACCGCAGCAGCAGCAGCAGGCGCCGCCGCAGGUGACGGUGAACGUGAAGUGGGGCGCGAAGGCGGCGGCGGUGGAGGUGAGCGACCUGCUGGCGGUGAAGGACCUGCGCAGGGAGCUCGGAGUCGGCGCGGCGGCGCAGCUGGCGCUGCCCAACGACGGCGGCUACUUCUUCAUCUACAAGCAGAACGUGAUGGAGGAGGACCGCACGCUGCGCUGGCACGACGUCAAGAACGGCGACACCGUCGAGAUCUUCAACGGAAGGGUCACCGGCGGCGCCUGAUCGAAUCAGCCAGCCAAUCAACCAAUCUGGACUAAAAUCGACAUCAUUCCAAAUCCAGUCGUUUUUCAUUGAAAACAAUACAUUCUAUGGGUUUUCCAAUCACCAAGUUAGUUCCAUGUAAAGUGAACAAUCUACAUUGAGUGUCCAAAUGGUCGCCGACGAUCGAGUAGCGCCUGCGAGGUCGAAUUGAUACUAGGGGCUUGCUUCACGAUCCCGGCCAGUGUCAUUGACCGUAAAGUCAAUGAUUUAAGAUAGUACCCGGUCCCUGAGUGGGUUUAUGAAUUAUGAUGACGGUGGAGAGAGGCUUUUAGGCCUGCUUGUUUGAUCAGGUAGAUUAUUAUAAAUUUAUAAUCUAGACUAUUAGCAAUAAUUAAUAGAUACAUUCCCAUAUACUUCUCUACGAGCAUUUUUUCAAAAU